UUGGCCGUAGAAAUGUUCAAGUCUGGUCUGGUGGCUCUGCUGAUCAUUGCGCUCAUCGCACCACUACUUGGGAAGCAGAGAAUAAUCGGAACAAAAUGUAGGCAACAACUGCCCAAGGCCUGUGUAUUCCCGAAAAUGUGCUGCUGCCCUCAGUCACAGUCCCUCUAUCUGAGACAAGACCGGUGGUGGUACAACAACAACACAGGAAAAUGUGAGGAGUUCGUAGGAGGUGACGAGGACUGCAACAACUUCGAAAGUGUAGAUGAGUGCAACCGACACUGUGGCCCAGAUAUACCAAAGUCAUGCUGAGAAGGAAGGGACUGGAGUGAAAUCGUUUCCUGGUCAGCAAGCACUUUCAUCACGUUCUCUUUUUAAUAGAAGAUUAUCAGGCCUCAACGCACAGUAACAAAUUGACUAAAAUAAAGCUUUAUUGCACUUUCUUGAUUCUCGA